CUUCGCUUGCACCGUUUGCAAACACCCUCUACUCCACCGAUUAGCUCCCCCUCGUCAAACACUUGCGUUCCUGCCAGUGUUGUCCUUUCAUUUCCCCAACACACAUCACAUAAUACAGCAUGAGCUUUAGAGGAGGUCGAGGUGCCCCCAGAGGAGGCCGUGGCGGUUUCGGAGGCGGCUCCCGUGGUGGACGUGGAGGCUUUGGAGGUGGAGGAGCACCUUCGUUCGGCCCCCCAGAGUCCGUUCUUGAAAUCGGCCAGUUUAUGCAUGCUUGCGAGGGCGAGAUGGUCUGCAAAUCGACCAAUGUCAAGAUCCCAUACUUCAAUGCCCCUAUCUAUCUCGAGAACAAAAGCCAGAUCGGAAAGGUCGACGAGAUUCUCGGACCAAUGAACGAGCUCUACUUCACGAUCAAGCUGCAGGAUGGAAUGGUCGCCACCUCCUUCAAACCCAACGACAAAGUAUUCAUUGCUCCUGACAAGCUCCUGCCCCUGGAGCGCUUCUUGCCCAAGCCCAAGGUCGUUGGUGGAAAGGUUGCCAAGCGCGGAGGCAUGCAAGGCAUGAAUGCCGGACGUGGAGGACGCGGCGCUCCACGCGGUGGCGCUCGUGGUGGCCGAGGAGGUGCACCUCGCGGUGGUCCAUCCCGUGGUCGUGGUGCUCCCCGCGGUGCUCCUCGUGGUCGUGGCGGUUUCAGCCGUGGAGGCUUCGGAGGUGGUCGUGGUCGCGGAGGGUUCUAAGUUGGUUGCGGGAACAUGAAGGAUGUCUUGACCAGAGGAUGAAUGCAUUUUGUUCGUUUUGUUUUUAUUGGCCCAUUGUAAUAAAUCGCUCCUGAAGCACAUUGGAGGCACU